AUGAUUUCUUGCAUGCGUGACGUGUUCGGCAACUUGCGGACAAAUCCUCUCCACUUGGUCACGGACUUCCACUUCCAUCCAGCGUCGAGUUUGGCUUCUUCCUUGGAUUGCAAUCCUGUCCAUUUCUCGUGCCAUCCUCGCGGACACACAUCUCGGGUUCGUUUGUCAAGCUUGGUUUUGCUUCGCUCAUCAUGACCAAGUGGCUGGUUCUGCUGUUGUUGGUCUCGCCGCUCCUGAUCCAGUUCUCGGGCUCGCCGUGUUUGGUCCAGGCUCAAGAAGAUGAAGUGGAGGAAGACGGCGCCAUCGAGGACGAGGAUGUAGACGGUGCAGGGGCUGAUGAGGAUGACGGUUUGGGCUUGAAGAAGAACGUCUCGCCGGAUGUGGACACCACCAUCCUGUUCACCAAGCCCACCACGCACUUGGGGGCGGCUGAGUUGCCCGGGGGUCAGAUUGUGGAGUUCUUGGUGGGCUUCACCAACAAAGGCCCUUCGGACUUUGUGGUGGAGUCCUUGGAUGCCAGCUUCCGGUACGCCAUGGAUUUCUCGUACCACAUCCAGAACUUCUCGGCCCACGCCUACCAGAAGACGAUCAAACCCAACGAGGAGACCACGUUGUCGUACUCGUUCGUGCCCGCGGAUGCCUUUGCGGGUCGUCCCAUUGGUUUGACGGUCAACUUGGCUUAUCGCGACCUCCAGGGCAAUCUGUUCAUGGAUCCCGUGUUCAAUGAAACGGUCCAAGUGGUUGAGUUCGACGAGGGCUUCGACACCGAGGUGUUCUUCAUGUACGUGUUCAUCGUGGCGGGUGCCUUGCUCGUGCUUUUUCUCGCUGUCAACCUGCUGUCCGGGAAAUCCAAGGGCAAGAAGAGUGUGGCUGCGGCCAAGCCCGUGGAGACUGGCACGGCCAACGACGAUGUGGACUACGAGUGGAUUCCUCGCACUGCCCUUCGCACGCCCGGUAGCAACAAGACUAGCCCCAAGCAGCGCAAGGCCAAGCGGAACGCGAGUUCGGAUGAGGAUUAGAUGGAGCGACCCGUACAUUCAGCAUUCCUCUCACCAGUCUGAGCUUUUGAUCACGCCCGCCCCUUCGGAUGGCGCCUCCUCCGAGCGCGGCCAUCACGAGAUUGAAUUCCAAAACCCCUAUUUCGUUGCUAUCCUUCUGGCUCAAAUCCGUUCUAUUCCAACUUUGCCUACCCUACUCCGCGACCGGCUCGUGCGUCUGCUGAAGCUUCUAACCAUGUCCACACCCUGGGCGUGGCACCUCCUCGCCGAUAAUAACUCCACUUUUUACUUCCGCCUCCGGCUCCCCGGAUGGUUCUGUUUGACCGCUUAAGCCCAAGUUCAUGAGCUGUUCGGGGAGCCAUUAUCCAAUGUCCGGUGUCUAUCCAUGGUUUAAACGCCAUGAACUGUUGACAUAAUCGGGUUUUGUUGACGCAUUUUAUUACGUUCAAUAAAAUUUUAAAACUCAAAUUUAAAA